UUCAUUUCCGAGAUAGAGGGGCUGUCUCACAUUACCUCUCCUUCUCUACUCUGAAGUUUCCAGUAUUUUUCCAGAAGGAUUCAGGACACACAGACCUCUCAGCUGUUUUUACUGAUAGAAGCUCAAAGAUUACUCAAGAUGGAUAAAGGAUAUCUGCCACAAGAAAGUGCCCCACCUUACCCCGGACCGCCCAUGAACUACGGAGGUCCAAUGCCUCAGCCAGGAGUGUAUCCUCAGCAAGGCGCUUUCCCUGGCGCACCCACUCCUGUGUAUCAGGGUGUUUCUUACGCUCCUCCCCCGACCGUUCCUGUUACUACAGUGACUCAUGUGAUGGUGGCACCGGCGCUGCGGGAGAGCCCGGCCCGGGUCGUGUGUCAGCACUGCCAGCAGUCUGUGGUCACCAGCGUCGUGCACACGCCGGGCCUCCUGGCCUGGCUCAUCUGUGGAGGCCUUGCUCUCGUUGGAUUGUGCCUUUGCUCUUGUAUCCCAUUCUGCGUUGAUUCCUGUCAAGACAUUGAGCAUCGCUGUCCAUCCUGCCACGGAUUGAUCUCUGUAUACAAGCGAAUGUGAACUACUCACACUAAGAACUCACCAGGAAACCAUUUCCGUCCCCCCACUUGUCGCUGAGGACUUCUGUUCAGUUAUCUUUUGAUCUCAGUCGAAUAAUAGUCAAAACCACAGAGAGACAUUACCUUUGUAGUUCCAUUGAUGUUAUGUCAUUUUCAUGAUCAGCGAAUGUUUGUUUUGCGGAGGACUUUGAGCAGUUAGCUCAGCUGUGCUAAGAGUGCAAACUAGCUGCUGACCAGGCAGAACAGGCCCUGUUUUAGUGCUGAUAUGUUAACAAUGCUUCCUCCGAUAAAGUGUAAUUAAAACUUUACAGAGCUGUUUGAUCUGAGCACCUAUAUGAAUACAGUUUCAGCACCAUGGUGGAUUAAAUCCACUCAAGCUGAUAUGUGACUGCAUAAGUAUGAAAAAAAAAGUGUAUAUACAUGUCUUUGCUGCAUUUCCUGUAUGAUAUAUGAAGAAAGAGAUUGAUAACUAUAUUUGUGAAGCUUUGCAUUUUUAUAUAAAUCCCUAAGUAUAUUGGAAAAAAAAUGUCUGUGAGCUUUCAUUCCCUUGGCAGAGAUCUGACUCCUGAUAUAAAAGGGUGAGUCCUGUCGGCGUGAACGUCUCUGAGUGGACGAACACAUCGUAGCUGUAGACGGGGCCGCGCCAUCGAUCCGCUCAAGACCACAAGAUGACCUGACGAAGGCGUUUUUGAUCGACCCACUAUGGCCGUUCAACCAAACGCUACUCUACUGCCUUAAUUGCUUAAACUUAAUGAACUUAAAGGUCUGCAGCAAAUUUACAGGAUCUCUUUGCAGCUGAACAAGUUUUAUUAUUAAUAAUUUAAGUACGAUUGAACCUCAGAUUUCUUGUAUUUAUUUGCCUUCAAAAGGCAGAUUAUACCUUGGAAGAUGCAUGCUCUUCCUAUUUUUUUUCCCAUCAAAUUCUUGACCGCUUAUUAGAUUGCAACAGUCGGUUGACCUUCUCUUGAACUUUUGCAUUUAUUUAUGUUUACUGGACUUUUGCAUUUGUCUCACAUGAGAUCUCAGCAGACAUGGAGGGAGAUGCCAGAGCUAAAGGCCUGUUCCAGUAAAAUACGUCACAGUCAAGCAAAGACUGGACCAGAUUAAAAUCCCUUGUAAAAGUCAUGUGCUUUCGAGACCAGUUCGAUCCAGGACAAAAAAAAAAAAAAAAAAA